AUGGUAACGCGUCGUCGUGUAACGCCUCAUAACGGAGGACUCGGGCGGUGUUCCGGCGUUAUGAGACCGUUAUGGGCGCUGUCACCUCAAUGUAACCGUUACAUCGAUUCUUCCUUCGCUGCCAUGGCGCCUGAGAAGGUGACGGAAAUGGUGCUGAAUGUCGAUCUCAAAUGCUCCGGCUGCUACAAGAAAGUGAAGAAGGUUAUCUGUAAAAUCCCCCAAAUAAGGGACCAGGUCUUUGAUGUGGACAAGAACAAGGUCAAAUUAAUCGUGGUGUGUUGUAGCCCUGAAGCAAUCCGAGACAAGCUUUGUUACAAAGGUGGAGGUGCGAUUCAGAGCAUAGAAAUCGUCGAGAAGUCGGAAAAGCCUAAAGAAACGGAAAAAGCUAAACCCGCCGCCGUCGCCGAUAAGCCAAAAGAGGCUGAGAAGGCGAAGCCACCGGCUGACAAACCAAAAGAUGCCAAACCAGCUGCCGACAAGCCUGCCGGAAAACCCAAGGAAGCCGAGAAACCCAAAGCUGCUGACAAGCCAAAGGAUCAACAGGAGAAACCCAAAGCCGCUGACAAACCAAAGGAUGCAGGAAAGCCACCGGAGGCCAAACCUAAGGAUGCAGGGAAACCACCGGAGGCGAAACCCAAGGACGCAGGGAAGCCACCGGAGGCUAAACCUAAGGAUGGAGGGAAGCCACCGGAGGGGAAACCUAAGGAGGCGGAGAAGCCAAAACAAGAAGCUCCGAAGAAAGUAGAUUUUGCUCCGAACCCGGAGGUGGCGAAGAUGGUGUAUGAACCAGUGCAUGGCUAUCCACAGAUGUACCCACAAUCAGCUUACCCUCCUAUGGUGGGAUACGGGCAGUACUACGAUCAAGGUUACGGCGGUGCUCCGUUUCAGCAUGGCUACGGGAUGCCAAUAGCACCACCACCGCCGCCGCCUAGUUACGGUGGGUUUGGAUACGACCAUGGAGGGUAUAACAAUGGGUAUAACGGGAACAGGAGUCAUUAUUCAAGUAAUGAUUAUGGAGGCGAAGAGGAAGGAGAAGGUUGCUCGAUAAUGUGAAAAUGGUGGCGGGUGAGGUGGUGGGUGGUGGGUGGUGGUCAAUUUCAAGUGAAAUAAAUAAUCCCGAUAAAGAUAAUCAAGACACGAUGAAUAACGAAGGAUCGAGAAAGAGAUGGGUGGAUUUCAUUAGACUCCAAAAAGUCACCAACUUGUAUGAUUAACGAGGGAAACAGGACCAAUGAUAUGAAUCCAUCACCAACUUGUAUAAUUAACGAGAGAAACAGGAGCAAUGACAAUAUGACAUGGAUCCAUGAUCAUGUGGGACAAUGUCCAAUUGGAAUGACCCUACAUUACAAAACUGGUUUUCAACAAUUGGGGUAUUUGCCUUUUGCUAGGGUAUUAUUAUUGUUAAAUUCAACUUGGGUAUUUAUUGCCUUUUGUUUGUUAGGGCAUUCUUGAUAUCGAAAUCAUAUUAUUGAAUCAAAAUAAUAUAAUAGAA